AUGCCAGACCCAGUUGGAGCUCAAGCCAGCAUACUGAGACCAGCUGUCAUUGCUAAUAACUUUGAGAUCAAACCAGGACUCAUUCAGAUGGUUCAACAGGGGCAAUUUGGUGGAAAUCCAACUGAAGAUCCUAAAGCACAUUUAGCAAACUUUUUAAAGAUACGCGACACCAUCAAAAUGAACGAAGUCAAUGAGGAUGCAAUCAGACUAAGGAAUGAUAUUACUAGUUUUGUUCAAUUUGAUGGUGAAUCUUUGUAUGAGGCAUGGGAAAGGUUUAAGGAAUUGCAAAGAUGGUGUCCACACCAUGGUCUGCCUGACUGGUUGAUUGUGCGGACAUUCUAUAAUGGUCUAUCUCAUUCAGUUAGAAUCACUAUAGAUGCUACCGCAGGGGGUGCACUAAUGGGUAACUCUACAGAGGAUGCUUACGAGCUGCUUGAAGAAAUGGCUUCCAACAAUUAUCAAUGGUCUAUUGAGAGAGGUAUGCCUAAGAAAGCCUCGGGUAUAUAUGAAGUUGAUGGCAUUAAUAUGUUAAAUGCCAAGGUGGACAAUCUUGUAAAAAUGUUUGGUAAGUUAGGGAAUGUCAAUGCUGUUUAUUCUAAUUUCAAUUAUGCCAGUAAUUGUGAUUGGUAUGAGAAUGCUCACUUGGGUUCUGAUUGUUGGAGAAAUCACCCCAAUUUUUCCUGGAGGGAUCAGGGCGGCAGUAGCAAUUCUAGGCUUAGCAAUCCUCCUGGUUUUCAAUCCAGACCUCAAGGAGUGAUGCAACAACAACCAGAAAGCAAGCCAUCUUGGGAGUUAGCAAUUGAAAAGUUAGCAAAUGCCACUGCAGAUAGAUUUGAAAAGCUAGAGGCAAAAGUAGACCAGAUGGCCAGUUUCAACAGAAAUUUGGAGGUUCAAUUGGGGCAAAUAUCAAAUACCAUAAAUUUGAGAGAUCAAGAUGCUUUAGCGCAGAUUCCUACUUAUGCAAAAUUUUUGAAAGAAAUUAUGUCAAACAAGAGGAAGAUGGAGGAUUAUAAGACCAUUGCCUUGACUGAAGAAUGCAGUGCUGAAGCUUAG